AUGGCGAGGCGCAAUGAUGGCUGGGGCGACGGCGACGGCGACAAGAUCAAGAUUGGUGUCUGCGUCAUGGAGAAAACGGUGUCGUGUUCUCCCAUGGAACAGAUUCUUGAAAGGCUGCGCGCGUUCGGCGAGUUCGAGCAACUUAAGUUGUAUGGGGUUCCUGUUCCAACCUAUGCUGUUGUCAGAAGAGAGUACCCUAAUCAAGAAUUAAGCUACUUUGUUGAGGAAGAUGAUUUUAUUGAGAUCCAUGGGAAGCGGUUUUGCAAGCCUUUUGUGGAGAAACCCAUUGAUGGUGAUGACCAUAACAUAAUGAUAUACUAUCCUAGCUCAGCUGGUGGAGGAAUGAAAGAACUGUUUCGUAAGGUUGGUAAUCGAUCUAGUGAGUUUUAUCCAUAUGUGAGGAAGGUGAGGCGAGAUGGAUCUUACAUUUACGAGGAGUUCAUGCCUACACGAGGGACAGAUGUCAAGGUUUAUACAGUUGGGCCUGUAUAUGCACAUGCUGAAGCACAGAAGUCUCCAGUUGUGGAUGGGGUUGUCAUGAGGAAUUCUGAUGGAAAAGAGGUGCGCUAUCCUGUUCUAUUAACCCCUUCUGAGAAACAAAUCGCAAGGAGCAUUUGCCAAGCCUUCAGACAAGCGGUGUGCGGCUUUGAUCUUCUAAGGUACUAUGAUGAUGAUGCAUGCAUUCUGAGGAAAAUCUUUCUUGAUGAGAAAGCUCCACAUAUUCCAUCAACCAUUCCUACUAGUCUUCCAUGGAAAAUCAGUGAGCCAGUCCAACCAUCUGAUGCUGUGAGAUGUCGUGAGAGGGGAACUGUUGGAAUAUCUAGGCCAUCAGAAGAGCUGCGCUGUGUCAUAGCUGUUAUACGCCAUGGGGAUCGCACACCAAAGCAGAAGGUGAAACUAAAAGUAACUGAAGAAAAGCUUUUGAAAUUGAUGUUGAAAUACAAUGGUGGAAAGGCCCGUGCAGAGGCUAAGCUUAAAAGCGCUUUGCAGCUGCAAGAUCUAUUAGAUGCAACAAGAAUCCUGGUACCUUUGGAACAUCCAAAGAGAUUCCGUAUAGAGAUGACAUUUAGUCGUGGUGCAGAUAUAAGUUCCUUGGAGAGUGGAGGCAAAGAAUCUAUGCUGCCUGAUGACCACACAAUGCCGAUUAUGGAGCCAGAGAGAUUGCAGGAAGUUGGAUCAUAUAUCACCUUAGACAAAUUUGAUAAAAUGGCUCGUCCAUUUGCAAUGCCAGCUGAAGAUUUUCCUCCAGCUGCUCCUUCUCAACCUUUGCCCGUCCGAUUCUGCAAGGAUAUCGAAUUACAAGCAGGAAAACUGAACCUCCAAUUUAGCCUGGGACAUUCAGCUAUUAGUAAUAAGCUUUCUUCUACUUCUGUGAACAAUCAAUCAGCAGCAUAA